AUGACCUGUGAUAAAUCUGACCAACUGUAAGUAUGAGAGUGUGCGUCGGGCUGCUCAGCAGUAUGGCUUACGGGAAGCAGGGGAGAAUGAUGAGUGGAAUCUCUAUUGGACAGACUAUUCAGUCUCACUGGAUCGGGUAAUGGAAAUGAAAAGUUACCAGAAAAUCAACCACUUCCCUGGGAUGAGUGAAAUCUGUAGGAAGGAUUUGCUGGCCAGGAACAUGAGCAGGAUGCUAAAGCUCUUUCCAAAAGAAUUUAACUUCUUUCCCAGGACCUGGUGUCUUCCUGCUGACUACGGAGAUUUGCAGACCUAUAGCAGAUCAAGGAAACAUAAGACAUACAUCUGUAAGCCCGACUCCGGCUGUCAGGGUAGAGGCAUCUUCAUCACCAGAUCUGUGAAAGACAUAAAACCCGGAGAGGAUAUGAUCUGCCAGCUCUACAUCUCAAGACCUUUUAUUAUUGAUCGUUUUAAGUUUGAUCUGAGGAUUUACGUGCUGGUGACAUCAUGUGACCCCCUGAGGAUAUUUGUCUAUAAUGAGGGCCUUGCACGCUUUGCUACAUCAGCCUACUCUGAUCCCUCACACAGCAAUCUGGAUGAUAUCUGCAUGCACCUGACUAAUUAUUCCAUUAACAAGCACAGUACUAAUUUUGUCCAAGAUGAAGAUUCUGGAAGUAAGAGGAAGCUCUCCACCUUUAAUAAGUACAUGCAGAAACAUGGCUAUGAUACCGACCAGAUGUGGCUGGAUAUAGAAGAUGUUAUUAUUAAAACCUUGAUAUCAGCACAUCCUAUUAUCAAACAUAACUAUCACACUUGCUUCCCCAACCACACUGUGGGUAGCGCUUGCUUUGAAAUAUUAGGAUUUGAUAUUCUAUUGGAUCACAAACUCAAACCCUGGUUGCUUGAGGUGAAUCACUCUCCAAGCUUCACCACUGACUCCUGGUUAGACAAAGAAGUGAAGGACCAGCUGCUGUAUGACACUUUGGUUCUGAUAAAUUUAGGGGCCUGUGACAAGAGAAAAAUCCUAGAAGACGAGAAACGGCGAGGAAAGGAGAGACUCCUGAAGCAAUGCCGUUCUCGAGAGACCAGGGCUGAGGAGUAUAGGAACUGCCAGGCCACUUGGUUGAAACAAGCUGAGAAAUAUGAGGAGAAAAACAUAGGUGGUUUUCGCAGAAUUUACCCCAAAUCUGAUUUGGACAAAUAUAAUAAGUUUUUCCAGCACAACAAUUCACUUUUUCAGGAGACUGCAGCUUCUAGGGCACGAGAAGAACAUGCUAGGCAGCAGCUACAGGAGCUGCGAAUGAAGCAUGAGCAAAAAACAGCCCAUUUGCAAGAGAAGAAGAUAGAGCUUCUGGGGGAGUCUGGAUCUGAGAAGAUAAAGACUUUCAAACAGAAGUUAGUGAGCAGGGCAGCUACAGCACAAGGAUUAAGACAGCAUUAUCUUUGUUCAGAGUCAGGACCUGGUGCUCCUCUCCUGCUUCACAGUUUCUCAGGUGAAAAAGAAACAAAAAAAGAAUUGGUUAAUGGGGAAUCAAGCAUCCCACCAAAAGAGCACCCCAACACUCAUGAGUAUUCAAAUGCACCUGAAAAACAAGCGGUACAGCACUGCAGCUCCAUGCCAAACUUGACAGUGCAGAAUUCAACUAGUGCCCUGGACCAGUACAACUCCAACCAUGACCUGAGGGACCGCACAGUACAUGGUCAUCACUCUGCAGCAGAUAUGGACGUCAGAUUAAUACUCCAAACAUCAGUGGAUUCUUCCAAAGUAUCAGAUAAUCCAAUUCAUUGUUCUUCAAAACCUUUCCCAACAUUGGCUCAACCUCGGACUGCAAUCACAACAGCAACUGACAUGGUUUACUGUGAAAGCAUAGUCACUCAGAAUUUGGUGCCAUUUGGAUACCAGAGAGAGCAACUCCUGCCCCAUGUCAGGGAGAAUUUGACCUCAUACUCAAAAGUCCAUAGACCACACAAAAACUUGUUAGAGCCUGAAAUAGAAAAGAAACCUAUCUUGGUGUCAAAAUUCUUCAGCAAACUCAAUUUCACACCAGGAGACAAGGCUGUAAUAUUCCCUUUUCACCACCACUCUCAUCUCAUCAGUAGAACACAAAGUGCUUUCCACUCCAGGAGAAUCCAUCUGAGUAGCAGAAACUCCACGGACAAGAGACAAACACAACUUCAGAGUGCUCAAACAGUUUUCCAAAAAUCAGAUUGUCAUCAGUUCAGCCUUCAGGACCUUUUGGUGAUCUCCACCCCAGGUCACAUGGACCCGCGACCUAGGAAAAACAAUACCCUAACUUCAGGGGAUAUUCCAAUGGGCAGGGCCUGAGCAGAACUGCAGCACUGUUUUGCCUCCUGAAGUCUGAGAGAUGCUCACUCCUGUAGAUAAUCUGUUCAUCAGGAACUGACAGAAACAUUUUGUUGUUUCUUUUCAAAUAUACUCCUUGGUGAUUGCCUCCAGUUAUACGGCUUCCAUAGCAUGAAACAUCAAUGUGUCACCAAUGACAUUUGCAUUCAAAAAAAAAAAGUCAGGAGUUUGUGGGUGUCUUGAUGUGAAACUGUCAUGCUGGAACUUGAUGUACAUCUCCUCCCUUUGGCAGUGUCUGCUUACUGCUAACUCUUGUUUUAGUUUAGUGAAAAAUUCUUUUGUAAGAAGAAUUCCAGUGUGAUGUCUGCUCUAUUCAACUGAACAUCAGCCAUUAAGGGGAAAAUUCCGUGCACUGAAUUUCAGCUGCACAACUCCUAAUAUCAGCUGGAACUGCACAGAUGAAUCCUUGCAGCAUAAUUUGAAAAUUUACCCUGAAAUGUGCAGGACAUACUUAUUUUAGCUAAUGUAGAGUGAAGUUAGAGUCCUGACUUUUAACAAGAAUUCAGAGAAAAUAAAAAUGGACAGUGUAGUGUAGACGGGGUUUUACUUUUCAGGGCCACAGAAAGCAAAGGCAGAAAGCUGAAACAAAAAACACAAUAGGUUCAGGCUGUGGCAGAGUAGUGAAGAUAUGUGAAGUCGCUUUCUAUAUUGGCAGAAGAAGUUUUCCAUUAAUGUAGUUAAUCCACCCCUCUGAGGGCUGGUAGCUAGGUGUACAGAAGUAUUCUUCCACUGACCUAGCUGCGCCUACAUUGGAGGUUUGGUUGACCUCGCUACGACGCACAAGGCACAAAACUUUUCAUAACUCUGAGCGAUGUAGCUACGUUGAUCUACAUUUUUAAGUGUAGAUUCCCCCAAACGUGAUGUUGCAGGUCUUCAGUGCUCUCAGAGAGUAAUCAACCCUCAUAAAAAUGCCCUUUGUUGGCCUAGUCUCCAUCUGAUUAGGGGGGACAAGGUCUAAAAUCACUGAAGUUAAUUCAUUGAACGGGGCUGCUUCUUUUUCAAGUUGUGUUUCUGAACAUGCAUGUUUGAUAAUAAAAUUUGUAAUAGCAAUGGCUACUCAGAUCAUGCUGAAAGCCAUAAUACAGAGAGGAUGGAUGGCUGACUGGACAUAUGGAUGUGGUAUGGGACACAAGGAUUGGGAACAUGAGUACUGCUAGGUAGGAAAUGCAUUUGUCUAUUGGAGAUGUGCUAAGAUCUAUCACCUUUUCAUAAUGGAAAGUCUUUUAAAUAUUUGCAGUUGUGAACAAGGACACCCCCCCCCAGCUGAUUAUUAAUUAUCAUAUAUAAUGCCAACAACACUCUGCAGAUCUGCAAGAAGGCUCUCGCCCUUCCCAGUGGGCUUACAGUUCAAGCAGUGAUUUCUACAAGCAUUGAUUUCAUUGGCAGUUUUACCCAAGUAAGGAAUGCAGGUUUAGGCCCUAAGCUCACAGGGCUAAAUCCUCUGGUCUAAACCACCUUUGAGCUUGCAGUGCUCUCCAGUGAGGCCUGCAGUGACCUCCAGCACAAGUUUAAAAAUCCCAAGAGCUGCUCUAAGUUGCAUUAGCUUGUAAUAGCCCCCAAGGGGUCUAUACACCUGUAAGGUUCAUUGGAGCACAGUGCAUUUAGGUCUUGCCCCAUACUUGAGGAGGCACGUGGCCCUGGCACAGAACCAGCUAGUCUAGCUUUAAACCAUCUGAGGAUUGCUCCAUACCAAGGGAAUUCUCAGCCCCAUCAGCUUUAUAGCAACUGAGGAUUCCCGCAGGCCAAGGGAAUCCCUACUGGCACACUUAGUGGGUGCAGUUUUAAGAUCUCUUUGCACCGUGUUCCAGGACUGGUCCCAUAGCAACCAAUUCCAAAUUAUUUCACACGUUUUCCUCAAUAGGAAUAGAAGUGUAAAUAAAAGGAACAAGAAGAUUUCUCCAGAACAGAGAGGAACCUAGCCUGAGCAAGUGAGAUCUAGAUGAUACUUACUAUUCAUUAUUUUACAGUGCCUAAAGAUGUGGUAGAGCCGAAUACAAGUAAAAAGAGAAUUUACAGUAUCAUAUUAGACAUGACAGAACAACUGGGUAUAUUUAAUAGUAUGGGAGGGUGGAGGUGAGGAAGAUCAAGAAUUCCAGCAACAAGACUUAGUUUCUUGAAUUAGGCUCAUGUAAUGGAAUUUCUACCAGCAGGAGGAAGAGGUUAUUUUCUUUAGUAGUUAAUAUUAUUAGCGAUUAUAGGCUCCCUUAUUGUGGGGUAUUACAGAAGGCUAUUUUAAGCCUAUGUAGUCUCUUAAUGAUCUUUGUUCUUUUACAGUAUUAAAGGGAAUAUUUCAAGGGAGAAUAUUUAACUAUCUGAGAAACAGUGUUUGUUCUUACAAUUGGGAACGUUCAGAGGUGGUCCAAUUUUUUAACUUCUAAUUCCCCCCCUGCCACCCUUCCGUUGCACACAUUCCUGGUUUGAUCUAGAUCGAGAUAGUUGUAGGAAAAAAGGCUCCAAGGAAAGCAAGGAGGAACUUCUAGGACAUGAUCUUUGCAACAAGCAGUUUCUUUGGAAUUGGAAACCUGUCUUCUACAUUAGGGUUCAUUGGGCUGUUGCUCAAGAAAAGCAUCACUUCAAAGCAAUCUCUUCCUUAAAGGCAUCAACAAUAUGUAUUGAGGCCCUUCCCUCUGGGAGGGGCUUGAAUUUGCAUGGACUUUCAACAGGAUUAUAACAAUCAAGGCAGAGCUGGCUCUAAUUAAAUGUUAAAGAUGAAAUUGAAUGUUUUGAAAAAAUAUAUAUAUUAACCAUCACAUACCAUCCAGAGACUAGCUGUGGGCUUAAAAAGCACAAAUUAAAUACAUUUUUAAAACAAGAUCUUUGGAAAUCACAUUUCCUUGGCAAGUUCCGAGUUUGAUUCCAGAUUUCCCCUACAGAGAGCACUUAAAGUCCCAAUCCAGCAAACAUGAGUUUUUGUGACAAUUGUCAUUAUUUUAGCCAUGGAUUUACCUCUCAUUUGGGAUAUGAAAUAAUUUUUAAUUUGUUUUUAGAAAAGCCUCUAUUUCACCAUUAUCAGUACAAAACCCCAGGACUAUAUGUUUCAAGCUGUGAAACCAUUUUAAACAGAGCUGUUGAAUAAUAUUUAUCAGAUAAUUAUUUGUGAUCCCCCCCCCAUCAAUCAACAUAAAUGGUGUGAAUUUUUUCUUAAUGAUUUAACCAACUGAUCAUUAGCAACAGAUAGAUGUUAAGAUCUAAAAGCUACUAAUAGGGACAUAUUGGAGACACAGAUUUAGGGCUGCCACAUCUUUAACUAUUUUGUAAUGAAUUAGAUUUGAUUAGCUUUUGGGAACGAUGGAAAAUUCUUUUCGGAGUGACAUAAAGCUAAGUAGUGCUGAGCCUAGGUAAUAAAUGCAUCUUUGUUUAAUUGCUGAACAUUAAAAUACUCUUGAAACAUCCUCUCAAAAACACUUAUUGCCAUUACCUAACUAAAAUUAACCUGGGAAAUGACAAAAAUACACCAGUUCUUCUGUUAACGAGCUGACAGAAACAAAGGAAUAUUUGCAGUUGAAAGCGCAAGUUCAGGGAGAUGCAUUUGGUGACAAAGGAUUACACAGCAAAAAAUGUAGUAUAAAAUACAGCAUUUUUAUUUUAAGCCUGUAACUGCAUGGCAUACUAAAAAAACUUGU